ACUGAAGCCCUAGCGAGACAGAUUGAUUUUAGGACAGCUUAAAGGUUGAAACUUUGAGUGUGGAGGCGAGAUCUGUGAGUUCAAAGGGCAAUGAAGCACGUGGUGAAGAUCUUGAGCCUGCUAGUGGCAGUCUCUGCCUUUUGGAUUGUUCUUUUGCAGGCUGCAAUAGUUCCACAAAGUCACACAUUGUUGCUACCGAUUUACUUUGUAGUGUCACUUGGAUGCUAUGGUCUGUUAAUGGUUGGAAUCGGGAUAAUGCAGUUCCCUACCUGUCCUCAAGAAGCAGAUCUCUUGAACCAUGAUAUUGCAGAGGCAAAAGACUUUUUAAGCACAAACGGAAUAGAUAUUGGAACGUAUUGACACAUUUUGUAAUAUUCUUCUUGUUGACUCCCUAGCAUUAACAUGUUUCUCAUUCUGUAAUAUUUUGCAAGUUGUCUUGUUUAGAUGCAAGUUGUGAACCCCACUACUUUGUAAUACUUCAAAGAUUGUCGCUGGCUAAGUGGCUAGCCUUCAAAGUUUUAAUAUUAGUACUACAGAUAGUUAAAAAUGGUA